CCCACAAAGGCUCGGCAGUGAGACAGCUGAUUGGCCGAGACGGAUCAUGUGACCGGACAUCAUUUGACUCGCUGGAUCUGCUGCAGCUGUACUGUAACUGUAAACUACUCAUCUAAUGAAUGCAAAUUUAACAUUCUUUGUUAGAGACGUAUUAAUUAAACUGUUAUACUACUACUGUAGGUUUGUGUGUGGGUACACAACACAAGCUUCAGUUAUGUCCAUAUUUUGUGUGUUUGUAUUAGUACACAGGCCAUUUCGUGUUGGAAAGGCUUGCUGAAUCCUUUAGGGUGCGUUCACACUUCUCGUUUUUGGGCUGCACCAUAUGAUGUCACCAAAUAUACAUAGCUUCCCGUAGUGCAUCCACACACACAAAGGCAAUCUCAGUGAUCGUUAACCUGUGUAGCUAAACUUAACCCCACAUCGCUUUUAUAAGCCGACAGCCAACAUAACUAAUAAUUGCGUGUAGUUUUCACCGUAAUUUCCGGACUAUGAGUCACACUGUUUUCCAAUUUGGCUGAUCACAGGACUUAUAGCCAUGCGCAUCCUUUAAAUCUAUAUCUAUCAAUAUAUAAACAUAUAUACAACUGAACAUGUUUUUAAUUCAUAUUUACAGACAUGAACCAAGGAGUGAACAUUACCGUCGACAGCCGCGGGAGGGCGCUCUAGGCUUGUGACAACAGUAUGCAGUUCCUGUACAUUACGUAAAAGACAACCGAGAAAAAAUGAACACAAACAAAAUGGCCACAAAAAGAAAGUCCUAUUGUGCAGAUUACAAACUGCAGGUAGUAAAAUAUGCAGCCGAAAACGGUAAACGAGCAGCAGGACGAAGGUUUGGAGUAAGUGAGAAACUUGUGAGGGACUGGCAAAAAGCAGAGCUUUUUCUUACCACAAUGAAGAAAACAAAGAAAGCUAACCGUGGGCUGAAAGCAAGAUGGCCACAGCUGGAGGAACGAGUCCACAGAUGGGUGCUUGAACAACGUGCUACCGGGAGAAUCUUGUCAACGGUGGAGUUACGUCUCCACGCCCUGGUAGUUGCCAAGGAGAUGAAUAUAAAUGACUUUUCAGGCGGGCCUUCUUGGUGUUACCGCUUCAUGCACCGCAACCGGCUUCCUAUCAGAGAGCCACGGACAGCAGACAUCCAAGCCAAGAUCGACAGUUUCCGCGAGUUCAUUGCAAAACAGGAGCAGGAAGAUCUGGUGGGAGGCGACAGCGACUGGAUGCCAAGCCGUGCAGACUACGAGGUGGACACCAGCGUGGCAGCCAUGUCGACCUCUUGGAAUGAGGAAGAUGACGACUUCAAGUUGGGAGGAGCCAGGGGGCUUAGGUCCAAGCCCAGGUUCUCCUUCUCUGAGGUCAAACUCCUGCUGGAGGCGGUCAGAGAGAACCGAUACAUCCUUCUUCGGAAGUUUAAUCACGGUGUGUCGUCAGAAGCAAAGAAACAGAAGUGGGCUGAGAUCACAGAUCAGAUCAACAACCUGGGACAGAACUACAGAGAGGUGCGGCAGAUCAUGAAGAAAUGGGCCGACCUUAAGUGCGAUGGCAAGCGACGCCUCCUGGCCCUUCACGCACCCAACGGCUCCGCCGACAGGAGACGGAGGAAGUCAUCAUUGGGCCCCGUUGAGAAGAUGGUUCAUGAGAUCCUGCUCUUGAGUCCCAAAAGAGACGGUAUCAGUGACGUGAAAUUGGGAGGUGAAGAUGAAGAUUCAAAGUUAUCCAUGGAACAAGGAGGCAACAUGAGCCCUUCCUACCCCUACCCUGCACCCAAUAGCACCCUCGCCCUUCCGGGAGGACUUUCCCUGGACUUCUCUCCUCUGUCCUCACCGGAGAAGGAACACAGCGGCGAUCCGUUCCAUUCGUCAUCCGACUUUGACCAGCAGGAAGAUGCUGAACCUUCCAUGGACUUUGACGACAAUGACAAUUCCACCUCCACCUUUUCCUUCCGGUCCUCCUUCCUCCCGCCCACUGACAACGCGCAGGCCAGUAGCAAGCCAAUCCAGACCUACUCCAGAAACCAGAACUACAACGCGACCACCUCAAAGGCUCACGGACCCCCCCUUUUUGAGUCGGACGCCGCCUCGUCUCCCGCUGCACCACUGCCGUCGUACUCUCCCUCAGGCGCUAACGUCCGUGCGAGCACCUCCUCUUCGUCUUCCCCGCUGGCCCCGCCCACCACCUCCUUGGCAGCCAAUGGCUCCUCUCAGCCCGCACCCUCCUCUUCCAGCAUCCCGCCACCUUCUAAUCAUCUCUCUUCCUCGCACAUCAAGCACGCUCAGGCUUCAGACCCGACCCAGGCGGACCACCUCCCGUCAGGUCACAAGGCACAGUCCCGCGUGGCCCAGCUGGCAUGUCUUAGCGUGCAGCAGCAGCGGGCCACCCGGCAUCUGCUCUCCUCGGUGUCUCGCUCGCUGGAGACGUUGGCCCAGUCGGUGCAGCUGCUGGUGGAGAGCCAGCAGGAGUUUGUCCAGGAGUCACUGCUUUUGCAGAGGGAGACUGUAGACAUCCUAAAAGACUUCUCCAACACAGCGCUGACCAUGAUGCGUGACAAGUCCAACAGUGGACAGGCUCGCCAUCCAUCGGCUUCGAACAUCUGAGGAAAUUAGAUGGUUCUGUGACCGGAGUCCAUCAUAGUCCUCUCCUGUUACAUGGUGUCGGCGGCAGCAGCCAGACUACAAAGAUGAACAUGAGCAUUUCCGCCACAAAGACAACCACCCUCUUUGAUGCCUUGGAUCUUUGUUUUCCAUGAUGAGCAUUGAACUAAGGAGGGACCAUUGUGACUGGGGUUCUGAGCACCAUGCAAAGCCACGCAAUGCAGGCGGCCAUCUUACCUCGUUGUGAGCGACUGUGAGGUUGACUCUUGGACUAGAUGUCUUCCUCACAGAGUCUACAGACAGUGAAGGAAGCAGUAAAUCAUCAAAACAUUUUACACUAGUCAAAGAUCCUCUGUGUGACAGGAGUGCUGUGUUGUUUUUAAGGACCUACUUCAAAAUUGCUAGUCAAAGAUCCUCAGUGUUCUGAUGUUUUUAAGGACCUUCUGCCAAAAAAAAAGUCAAAGAUCCUCUAGGACAAGAGUGCUCUGCUGUUUUUAGGAAUCUGCUGCAAAAUUGUUAGCAAGUACAAUUUGAAUUGCCCAAGGGGUCUGAUGUCCUUCAUGCAGGCCACCCCUUGAAUAGCCCUUCUUGACUACGUGAACAUAAGCUCUGGAUCCCACUCCUCUCGCCUUUGGCUUUUAACAAUGUUGUGAUGUUUGUCAGAGAGUUUACCAUUUCACCCUCUGCUCUUUUGGAAUAUCGACAGUGCAAAAUUGCAGCUUGCCUGAUUUCCGAACACAUGGCCAUUCACCAUGAUAGUCAUCCUGAUACUUCUGGUAGUAUUUCUUCUUGGAAGCCAUUUCCAUGCACUCGCAUAUUAUCCACCUGCUGAUGGUGCCGAGUUAGCUGGCGGGAGCACAGCUUUUUAUUUUUGGUUGUCUCGCUUCGAUCACGAUCUUACACAGUAUUUAUUUAUUCCUUUCACAAUUUGAUAAUUUUAUGUCCACACAAUCCAAAAGAUUUUUAACUUCAGCCGGAAUGUCGGGACACAGUGGUCAUUUCCUGAAGUCCCACAUCGGUUUUCUCUCCACCAAUCAGAUGUUUUGGAGGGGGAUUAGUUUUCUGUUUUAGGUUAACUUUUCCUGGCUCUAGCUUGUUGGUAAAGGAUUUUGGGCAGUCUUUGAGCAACUCAUUAGAUUCUUAUGUCCAGUUACUCAACAUUUUCCACAUAUGAUCUGCCAACAUGACUCUGCCAGGUGCCUGCGUUUAAUACAUUUGUGGGAAAACUUGGGCUGACCGUGGUACUGGAUGUGGCCUUGUUUUUUUUCUCCUUAGAACCAUCAUUUACAGAGGAGAUAUUUCAGGCACUUACAUCUAAAAGUCUAGUUCGGACAUCCCCAAAAUUUAAGAAAACUGGUGCUGACCCUGCAUAUCUGAGGCAGCACAGUACAGUUCUGUGACAGGAGUCCAUCAUGGUCCCCUCCUGUCACAUGUCUGUUAUGUUGUGGCGAUAGCCAGACCAAGAGGGAGGUCAGCCUUUCCCCCACAAAGACAACCUUUGGUCUCCUGCUGGACAGUCCAUUAUGAGCAUUGAACUAUGAAGGGACCAUUUAGACCCGACUGUCUGGGGGCUGAGUACCAAGUCUUGCUUCGCUGUGAGCGUUGACUCUAGGGCUGCAACUACCGAUUAUUUUCUCUAUCAAUUUAAAAUGAAAUGUUACCAAAUUGACUAAGGAAUUUUAGAAAUAUUCCCAUUUGAAAGGCUGAAAUCAGAGGAUAUUUACAUUUUAAAUAAAAAAAAUGAUUGAAUAACAGAAUUAACUGGAUAAUUAAUUGUUGCAGCUCUAUUUGACCGUUUGAAUCAUCUUCCUCACCCAAUCUGCAAACAAUGACACUACCAAUAUUACACCAACAGAGGUGGGAGGUGCAGUCCGCAAUGCCAGGAUAGGUUGAGUUAACACCUGAUGCUGUUGUGUUGAUUGCAGUGUUUUAUAUAUAUCAGACAUUGUUUCCCUCACAGGAUUUCAUAGAAAUUAGACACUUGCAGACUAGAAGCUGGUGCAGACAUCACCACACAUCUAAUUAUCCGAUGGCAGGAUGCCAUGUCACUGUGUGAAAGGCACAGGCCAACACAUGCCACAUCUACUGUUAUGGCUCUGAUUCGCCAAUUUCGUGGGGUUUCUGUGCGCAAAUGCUUGUUCCAAUGAAGGCCGCAUGUGUGUGCAACAGAAGACGUGAAACACACUUUCCAGUUAACCAAUGAUGUUCAGUCAGUGAGUAUGAUACAAUAAUAUCUGACUGUGAUGCUUAUAGCAAAUCUAGAAUUGCUCGUGUUGGUCUGGAAACUCAUUCCAGUACUGUGUUCUACUGUUGAUGAUGUUAAGGUCCAAAUACUUCUGUCAGGCGGUCCACUCAGACUGCCCUCUGUUUGCUCCCUCACAAUAAAAGUCAUUGGAAACCCCUGCAUAAUACAGAUUUACAGUUGUUUAUAUACCCAAAAUGGCUCAUUUUACAGAAAAAAAGGUUUUGUAAUGCAUCUCCUCAAUGGUGGGGAGUGUGCUGAAAAGGGGACAAAAACUCUGCAGCCUAGACUUUGACUAGCAAUAUUACCAGGGAGAGUCCUGCCAUGUCAACACACUGAAAUAUAUAGUAAGUGGAUAAAAUGAAAGCAGUGUGCCUUCAGUGGAACUGUGGAGCGGGGUUUUUCGGCUAAUAAUAAUGGCAAUACCGCUACAAACUUGCUUGCUAGCUCAGUAUGUCCGCGGUUUGAUUUUAUUUCGAAGUUUUGCCUUUAGAUUGUAAAUAGGUGUAAGUCAUGUUCUUAAUAGGAUGUCCGCUGACGUUGUGCAAGCUCACCCCGACGAAAGGAGGGCAACCAUGAAGCCCGACUGGCACUUUUUAUUAGCCCUUAGCUUCAUCUCACCUUCACGCUACAUAACUGUCAAAGCCCGUAACGGAAACGGCGUGUUUCCGGCCUUCAAAAUAAAAAGGACGUACGUCACAUCCUGUCAGGCGGCAUCGAGAAAAAAUUGGAAAAUUAGCUUCAAUUCGCUAUGUCAGUGCUGACUGUGAAUAGAAAGUAAGACUAAGACAUCGCCGUUCAAGGCAAUACCGUAGACUAUCCAGGAGAUGUAUAUAUGAUGUACAUUUGACCAAAAUUUAUCACUUAUUCAUAAAUUAUUACUGACUU